AUGUUUCCUUCUGCUGCGUCAUCCCUGCACAACUUCACAAUUUCAGUUAGCAUUUCCAAUGAUCUCGAGUUUGAAGAACCGAACUUUAUUGCUUUGAUGACUGAAGCAAGACAGAGAAGAGCAAAGUUGAACAUUGAUGCGCCGAUUAUACCAAUGGAACUAAGAGUUGAAAAAGCUCUUGAAGGUAUUUAUGCUUGUUGCUUCCGUAGAGGACUUAUCGAAGAAGAAGAUGAGAAGCUACUUCAAGUGAUGCUAGUUUCGGUUUUUCCUUCGGUUGACAAGUCUGAGAUAGAGAGAAUCAUCAAAGAGAAAGCCACAAGGGUUGCAGAAGGAGUAGAAGAAGAGAAUGUCAUGGCGAAACGGUUGCCCAAAGAAGCUAUUCAAAUGCAGAUGAAGGAUCUUGAGUUCCUUCAACAACAAAACAUAGAUUCUUAACAAUAGAGGUUGAGAUGACCCGACCAAACAUGUUUUUUCUUUUCUUUCC